GGGCCAACAUGGCGGCUACAAAUUUUGCAUGUCUGCUGUUUUGCUUAGCAUCAUUUUCACAGCAAGUCAGCGCCUCAAGGCUUCUCAACGAACCGUGUUAUAAACCCAUCAGAGACCACAGGCCGGACUUUGUCAGGACGCAGGCCCGGCCGCAUGUAGAGGUGUUGAAGCUUCCUCCGUCAUGGGACUGGAGGAACAUCGAUGGGAAGAAUUAUGUGAGCGUCACGAGGAACCAACACAUCCCCCAGUACUGUGGCUCCUGCUGGGCCAUGGGAGCCACCAGUGCACUAGCUGACCGCAUCAACGUCAAGCGUGGAGGAGCGUGGCCGUCGGCGUACCUGUCCGUGCAGAACGUGAUAGACUGCGGGAGGGCAGGUUCCUGUUACGGAGGCGAUCACCUGAGAGUCUACGCCUACGCGCACGAAAGAGGCAUUCCUGAUGAAACCUGCAACAACUACCAAGCCAAAAACCAAAAGUGCGAGCUGUUUAACCAGUGCGGCACAUGCUCCUUCUUUGAGUCGUGCGCUGUUGUGAAGAACUACACCGUGUGGAAAGUCGGAGACUACGGAGAAGUUUCUGGGAGAGACGAGAUGAAAGCUGAAAUUUUCACCGGCGGACCCAUCAGCUGUGCAUUGAUGGCGACUGAAGGCCUGGAGCGAUACUCCGGAGGGAUUUUCUCCGAGUUUCACCUUCUCUCUCUGCCAAAUCACAUCGUGUCUGUGGCUGGGUGGGGCGUGGGCGAAGAUGGGAUCGAGUACUGGAUCGUCAGGAACUCCUGGGGAGAGUUCUGGGGAGAACACGGCUGGGCGAGAAUUGUCACCAGUGCAUUUAAAGGAGGAAAAGGCAACUGGUUCAACCUGGGUAUUGAGAAAAACUGUGCAUAUGGAGACCCUAUUGUAACAUAGGUCCUUAAUUAAGGUGAUCAAUCUUACUGAAAUAACUGUGGGUAGUUUGGAAAAUUUAGGGAACGCUUUCCUUCUGUGCACUAAAAUCAACAUGUGCAAACAACAAUUUGCUGUUUUAUGUGGGUUUAUUUUUUGAAAGUGCUUCUUGGCUGAGAGCAGUAAUGUCCUGAAGCUAGUUCAAUCCAAGAAAUUGUUUGGUACACAUCUCCCUGUAAAAAAACCUCAAUCACAACAUGUUAUUUAUGCACUUUGGUUUCUGCAUAAAAUAAACAGUAAUACAAAGUAGCAGUGCACUCAGCUCAGAAUCUUAAACAUGUACAGACAAUACCAGCUCUCACUAAGUAUACUUCUUAGUGUUUAUUUAAGAGCAGGAAGAAUGCAUUUUGAGUUCUUAUCUGUCAUCAGCACUACCAGCUUAAAGAAAGUCCUUCCAUUUAGGAUUUUCAGCCUUUACAGGUUGUCUGAGGAUCAAGCUCAGACACGGUCUGUAGCAACAAGAUAUUUGUCGAUGGUUUAGAUAGAGCUAAAAACAUAUAAAGGAAUCACUUAUUAACCCCUAAGCUUCCCUCUUAGACAGACUUGAAAAUCACUUAAACAUAUUUCUAUUAAAAAAAUUACAAAGUGUAUCAUUAAACAUUGGCACAUUUUAUUUAAGCUGUUUAAUCAAAGAUUCACAGGUCUUUGCAAAUAAAUGGGCCAAAAAUCUGAGUGGUAAAGUGGUCGUCGCUGAUUGCUUCGAACCUCCUCAAACAUAUUUAAAUUGUGAGGGGAUUGGAAGAAAGUUCAAAGUUAAAGAUGGACUCUUUCUUAUAGAACCAAAUAUUUGGUCUACUUGUUAAAAUGCCCAAAUGGGCUGAUAAUAGCAUAGGAAAACUAAACAAAAUUGUAAAAUAUCUUUGCUAGCAGUGCCAUCAGUCAUUAUCAAGUUGAGUCACUUUUUUUUAUACAGCAAAUUUUACAACAACAGAAGUUGAGCCAAAGUGCUUUCCAGGCAGGUGCAGUUGCGUUCCAGGUCCAGACGUUAUGCUGGUGCAGAACUGUGCCCUGUCUAUGUGGUCAGAGUAUGCAGAUCACGGAUAAAGGUGCUGAUGCCGUUGACUGGCUCUCGCCUUCCCCAGACCUAAAUCCAGUUGAGAACCUCUGGGAUGUUAGGUAUCUGUACAUCUGAUGCAACCAAAUAGCACCACAGACUGUCCAGAAGUUCACUGAUCCAGGUUUGGGAGGAGAUCCUUGCGUGAUUUAAAUGUGUAACUUUUGGUCUUACUUUAAGGAGCUCCCCUCCUUUCACUCUUGAUAGGGCCACCAGGCUGCCCUAAACUGAGCCUGCUGGAGAUCACUUCCUGUUGAAAGGAGACUCUUCCUCCCCACUGAUGACAAUGUGCUUGCUAAUAGUUGAUUCAUCUGACCACAGAACAGUUUUCCACUUUGUCUCAGUCCACUUUUAAAAAAAGCUUUGAUUCAGUGAACAUGGCAGUAUUCACAUGUUCACAUGUGGUUCUCAUGAUGGAGGUUUAACCUGCAUUUUUGGAUAGCUAUAUUGAUUUUCAGCUCUGGGUUUUUCCAGAUUCUCUGAAUCAUUUGUUGAUAUUAUGCACUGUUAAUGAUGACAUAUUCAAAGUCUUUGCAAGUUUAGGAACAUUAUUCUGCGACGGUAGAUUUUUGCAGAUUGGUGAACCUCUGCCCAUCUUUACUUCUGAGAAACACCGCCUCACUAAGAUAACCUUUUUACACCCGAUCAUGUUACUGACCUGCUGACCUGCACGCUGCAAAAUGUUCAGUCAGCUGUUUCUGUUUAGUACCACUUACUUUUCCAGCCUUUUGCUGUCCUGACCCAAACAUUGAUUUUGUCAUCAAUUUCAAAAUGAUCCAACAUUUUUCAUGAAAUUGUAAAAUGACCGUGUUUAAACAUUUGACAUGUUUUCCAUGUUCUAUUAUGAAUAAAAACCUGGGUUUAGGAGA